UUUGUUUGCGUGUGUGGUUAUGGGUAUGCGUCUGCAAAUAUAACUUUUAGAGUUUGAUUGUCUUUGUGCUAUUAGAACACAAAACUCUGUUUAUGGCUUCCCCCCUACAUAGAGGCAAAUCCGUCAACCGUUUUGUCCGUUUCACAGACUCGUGAAGACCGUGGCGCUCACGAGCUUUGCUUCUCAGAAAAGACUGGUCACAAGUUUACUCCAGGGCGUUCCUAUAUCAUGGGGUCAAGAGCGCAGCUCUCUCACAUAAGAUCUGGUCGCUGUGCGGGGCAUGACACACCAUCGUGGUUCACCGGCGUUGGGCACAAUGCAGAAUAACUUGAAGGAACAUUUGUACAAAAUACUCGUAAUUGGUGACCUGGGAGUAGGGAAGACGAGUAUCAUAAAGAGAUAUGUUCAUCAAACGUACUCCACUAACUAUAGAGCGACAAUUGGGGUGGAUUUUGCACUAAAAGUUCUCAAUUGGGAUUCGGAGACGGUACGAUUACAGCUAUGGGAUAUAGCAGGCCAGGAGCGUUUUGGGAACAUGACACGGGUGUACUACAGGGAGGCCAUGGGCGCCUUCAUUGUAUUUGACAGCACCAGGCCAACGACGUUUGAGGCAGUCACCAAGUGGAAGGAGGACCUGGAUUCGAAGCUUACCCUGGCCAACGGCCAAAGCAUCGCCACGGUUCUGCUAGCCAACAAGUGUGACCAGGGCAGAGACGUUCUCAACAACAAUGGCAUCAAGAUGGAGCAGUUCUGCAAAGAGAACGGCUUCGCCGGCUGGUUCGAGACUUCAGCAAAGGAAAACAUCAACAUCAAUGAAGCUGCCAACUUCCUGGUGAAGCACAUAAUCGCCAGCGAGAACGACAUCCUGAAAUCUGUGGUUCCAGACACCAUCUCCCCACAGCUCGGUUCCUCCAAGGAGGUCAGUUGUUCCUCCUGCUUCAAGUCCUAGAGGAGAGGCGGCGUCUUUGAAAGCGGCCCGCUGGGGAACGCUGUCUUUUGUUUCGGGGAGCUCGCUGAAAGGGUAGCGAUCGCAGUCCUUCCUCUACUAAAAGUCCCCAAGUCAGCCUCCAGGUCAUGCCUGCUCACGGACUCUCCUCAGGAAGUGUAUCACAUUGUGUUUAAAAACUGAUCUUGGUCGUGUUUUCUUUUUUUUUAAAGCCAAACUCGUAAUAACAGCAAAUGUGAGAUGGACAGUGGUAUGGAGCUUGUUAUGGUUUUGAACACCUCAGUGUUGUAGCUAAGUUUUAAUGCCAACGUCAGGCUUCUAUUACCCACCUGCACAAAAAGGAUAUUUAUUUUGCUCCCCAACCACAAAUGGAACUGGAGAGGUUUGAUUUCAUAUAUAUAAAUAUAUAUAUGUGUGUGUGUGUAUGUGUAUACUCAUAGACCAUCCAAAUGUAUUCUAGGCAUAAGACAGGCACAUAGAAUUUUCCAGCUAUUUUAUUUGACAUGUUAAGCCACUGGAAUACUUCCUUUUUCCCACUAACUGGUUCUUUUUUUCCCGGUUAUUCUACAAGACAAAGCAAACAGACAGACAGACAGACAGACAGACAAACAGACAGAAAGUUAGUGGCUUGGUAUGUAGAAAGACAGAUGCGUAAUAUAUAAUGUGUAUAAGGUCACAUUUUGCACAUGGACUCGCACAAUCAUUACCUUGUAGGUCAACGAAUACCGAUUGGAGGUUCAGAUUACAGUUUUUGUCAUCCAAAAUGCUUCUGGAGCUACACUAGUGAUGUGAUGAUGGCAGAAGUCAGCAUCAAUGGGCCCCGGUAUUUGAAUCCAUUCUGUGUAUUCUAUAAAUCUUCAGGUCUAAAUUCAGGUAUUUCACUCCUUGGAAAAAUGAUAUAUAAAUAUAAAAACAGCACAAAACCCAUGCAGAGAAGAAGCAUGGCUAUAAAGGAACAUGAUGUUUUCACUGCUCGUUCAGAAUUGAAUAGGUUUAGAGGCAUUCUUCAUCGUUUGACACAUGCAACUGUAAUCGGCAAAUAGUGCUUGUAGAAUGUAGAACUUAUGCUAAAGAAACAGCAACCCUUUUAUUUAAGUCUCGUCUCUCUACAAGCAUCACAUUCGCAGUUGUGAUAGUGGUGCAAAAUCUCCUAAAUUUAGGCUAAAUUGAAUUAAAUGGAAUAUCUUGUACCUGAGAUGAAUGCACGCCUGUUAGCUCAGACCUUGGAUGCAAUUACUACUGCCAUCAAAACCCAGUCAAACUCCGUCACCUUUCUUAUUUGUAUGUGGUAUCGUUUGUGUUGUUCCUAAUGUAUUUUUAAAAUGUAAGGUUCUGUGCAAUAAAACAGGUAACUGACUCCUACUCAACUCUGAGGCAGAGAAAACUGCCUUUGGCCACAACCCACCCACUGGUGCUUCUGCUUUUUGCAGACUCCUUUUGAAACUGGUCUUUCGCACCCUUUCUUCCAUGUCAAUAUGUGCUGUUAGCUGUGCUGUGAUUCACUCCGUCUGACUCACGGACAUUAUAUAAAUCUCUCGUGGAUCCCCAUACCACACAAGUGUUGUUAUUCAAAGCCUCGGAAGCUAGUGGUCCUUUCUCUGCUUGUUACACAGUCAGAAGUGAGGCUGGUGUUCAUAUAUAUUCUUUUUUAUUUUAUUUAUUUGUUCCUCUAAAAUGCGUUGAUUUUGUCAGAUAUUUGUAUGUCUGUUUAAUUUUCUUUAGGACUAAACCCUCUUCAAAAUAUCAAUUUCCUGUAAUACUCAAUGAUUCAGCUCACUCAAGAUAUGUAACGAAAGCAUAUCAGAAGUCAAGUGGGCAUAGAAGUAGUCAUAUCCAUCUCAAAGUAGCAUUUUAGUUACUCAAACCUUCUUCAUCAAAAAUGAGAAAAAAAAUCUCUUUCAAGAAUUCAUAAUCGUGUGUACGGUAUGUGUGUGUGAGUGACUUCCUUGCUUAUUAACUUGAAAUGAAAUUUAGCCAUAAUUUUUCCGCCAUGCUAAUCACAAGCACAUUAAUAUCAAGUGUAUAACAGUUGUGGCAUGAUAGCCCACUUCACAGCAUGUUGUGACUUAUUUUUAUUUUUUCCCAUCACGGAUAGAGGGGUUCCAAUUCACUCCAGUUCUGCUGUUAUCACCAUGACAACAGACCCUCGUAUGGCCUGCUUGGCAAGGGGAGUUUUUGUGGGCCACUUCUCAAUUUUUUUUCAUUUUUUUCCUUCUCACAUCACAAACCCUUUUCCCUUCCCAUGGCUGCGCCGAAGCUUGAAGUAAAAAUCUGAUGUUUUUAAUCUGAGCAGUUAAAGGUGUUAAAGAGGGUCAUAAAUGUCAGAGCAGUUUCAAUCACAUCACGUGGUCUUUAACAGUCUGUUAGGUUUUGAUGGCAUGCAGAGGAUUUGAAGCACUUCAGUUUGGAAGAAAACAUAUUGAAGUUGUGUAUGCCAUUGCCAUUUACAAUACAUUAAAACAUUUUGUAGA